GGGGUAGCCGCGGAGCCCCUUGCGCCCGCCUGCCCUGAUGCCGGGCCCGGCGCUGCCUGACCCGCCUUCCAUGGGCGCUGUUGUUGCUUCUGCAGAUGAAAGAAACAAUCAUGAACCAAGAAAAGCUCGCCAAGCUACAGGCACAAGUGCGCAUCGGUGGCAAGGGUACUGCCCGCAGAAAGAAGAAGGUUGUCCACAGAACAGCUACAGCAGAUGACAAGAAACUUCAGUUUUCUUUGAAGAAACUGGGAGUCAACAAUAUUUCUGGAAUUGAAGAGGUAAACAUGUUUACCAACCAAGGAACAGUCAUUCACUUCAAUAACCCUAAAGUUCAGGCAUCUCUGGCUGCUAACACUUUCACUAUCACUGGCCAUGCUGAGACAAAGCAGCUGACAGAAAUGCUUCCUAGCAUCUUAAAUCAGCUUGGAGCUGACAGUCUGACCAGCCUGAGGAGAUUGGCAGAAGCUCUACCCAAGCAACCUGUGGAUGGAAAAGCACCACUUGCUACUGGUGAAGAUGAUGAUGAUGAAGUUCCAGAUCUUGUUGAAAACUUCGAUGAAGCUUCAAAGAAUGAGGCAAACUGAACUGAGUGUCACUUUCUGAAUAAAGUUAAAACUUGAAAAAGCUACAUGGAGCUGCUAUUUUAUAUUGUGACUGCUUUGAUUUUAUUUUUAUUUCCUGAUGAGAUCUCAAGAUCUGUGAUAUUUGGAAACUCCUUGAACCUGCAGCUCUUUAGUUACUGCUUGUACACAAUAUUAUUUUUGUGGCCUGAUUGAACAAACCUAUGCUUUGAAAUAAGUCAGAUUGCUAACGAAUGUCUGCCUAGACAGAAUUUUUGAGUAACUUGUAUACAAGCAAAACCCCAUCUUUAAUGAACUUUGGCAUACAAUAAAAAUAUAAA